AUGUACGGUACAGCAACGGCCACUCUAGCAGCUACCGUGACAAAAUCCGGUGGAUUUGGGUUUAUCGGAGGAGGCUUCGACUUCACAUCGUCCAGCUCACAACUCAGCACUCUCGAAAAAGAGUUACUGAAAGCGAGAGAGCUUCUCGGGCUCAAAGCCUUACCAGAGCAGGACAGCAACGAACGGGAGUUUGACAGUCUCCCGAUUGGAGUCGGCUUUUUGACAUUUCACAAUGACGACCCUUCAGGACUUAUCCCCCUAAUUCGCCGACACCGCCCAGUAGCCGUUUGGCUUUUUGCUCCGGCAGGCGAUCAGCACACAAGACUGAUAAAAGAAAUCAAGUCCGCCGGCUGCGAAUGGAAUCUAAAGAUUUUUGUCCAAAUAGGCUCCGUACACACUGCUGUAGAGGCUAUCAACGAUGGAGCGGACGUCAUCGUGGUUCAGGGGUCGGACGCAGGCGGCCAUCAGUUUGCCAACAACUCCAGUAUUAUCACGUUGCUCCCAGAGGUCGUUGACGCUAUACAGAACUCACAGAAAGAGAUAUUUAUUCUGGCUGCGGGCGGUAUCAUGGAUGGCCGUGGCAUUGCCGCAGCUUUAGCACUCGGUGCAAGCGGUGUCGUCAUGGGUACGAGAUUCGCCGCCACCGUAGAAUCCGAGGCUUCACGAGCAACCAAGUCGGUAUUGGUGUCAACUAAAGACGGUGGUGUCUCCACGGCAAAAUCGGUUGUUCAUGACGCAUUGCAAGGUCGCGGCGACUUGUGGCCCCUCAAGUAUGAUGGGCGAGCGGUGAUUUGCGACCCCUACAAGGAUGUCCUGGCUGGAGCCAUGCCGGUUGAACAGGCUUCUGCGCGGCAGAAAAAGGCCACCAGUGAAAGUGACACAUCAGGAAUGGUUGUUUGGGCGGGGGCUGGUAUAGGGUUGAUACAAGAUAUCCGUAAUGCAGGAGAAGUCGUGGAACAGUCUCGUCUCGAGGCGAUACGAGUGUUGAAUUUGCUAUCAAAGUUCUAA